AUGGCAAAGAACUUCGGUAUAGAGAUUGAAUUUAUGCUGGCUGGAAGACCACCUUCCGCCAUCCUACACCCACGCUUAUCCGGCGAUGAUCGCUGGCCCGACUCCGAAAGCCACCACGAUAUUUAUGAGACGUACUCUGCGAGUCUGGAUACUUUGAAAGUAUGCGAGGCCUUGACAAGCUGCAACCUGCCGGUCGCCUGUCGCAUUAACCCAGGCAAGCUUCAGGAUCCCUUGACCAAACUUCCUGAAGGGGAUCUGGUGGAGGAUAUCGAAGGCACUUACGUCACACGCACAGGCAAUCUUGAAGACCCUGAACAUCCCCUUAGAAAAGCUGAAAUUGGGCAUGUGUUCCGGGUAUGGAACAAAAAUUUGGCCAAGGAGAACUUCCCGGGUCAACAAUAUCACCUUGGUCAGCAACACCAGUUCCGGUUCUGGUUGGUGGACGGCGAACAUAUCCCCAAUAGAAGCAACGAGCGUCCUCCGACGGAUCAUUCUUGGAAUGGAAUGGAAAUAAGCUUGCCAGUCAUCUCGGAUCAGAAAGAGAUAGAUGCUGGACUACCAACUUUGACAGGGGCAUUUGAGGCGUUGAGGAACAGCCUCCUGAUCAACCUUACUUCAGAUUGCGGUCUGCAUAUCCACAGCAGUCCUUCGUCGGGAUCAAUCGAUCUCCCACUGGCCAAGAAGGUGAUUGCUGUGAUUCGCCUACUUGAGGAGCCAUUCAUUCAGAGAAUUUGUCAUCCGGUUCGACGCAAUUUACCUUCCGUGGAACCCAUCGGCAGUAUGUCAAUCCUUGGGAGGAAGGGCAAGGGUGAUGAGACAGAGACGGCACCGUCCGUCGGAGGCUUCAUACAGACCAUUCAAGGCAUCCGAUCUAAGCUGCAAAACAGGUCUCCAGACGAGCCCGACGCUUUUCGAUUCAUGCAGUUCUUAUUUGCAUCAAAGACAAUAGACAGCCUCCGGAAAGACUUGAAAUCGGGGACGUCUGGGACGACGACGCCACAUCGAUGUGGCAUUGCAAUUAGUCUCCUGGGAACUGUGGAAUUUCGAUACCCCCAGAGCUCGUUUGACCCCGAGUGGCCUGCCUUUUGGGUGAAAUUGAUGCAGAAGAUUUUCCAAAUCUGUGCUCAGCCCGACGCAGCGUUCUCUGCAAGCUUCGAACGAUUAUACGAAUUGGGCACUAGACAGCAAGCACUUGGCUGGGAGAGUUGGUUAGAAGAACUGGGCCUCUCUUCUCAAUACAGAGAAGUCUGUGCUCGUCACAUGGAUGACGCCAACUCUCCACGCAAAAACGAGAUACUGCCAAAAGUUAGCGGUGUAUAA